AUGGUGAGCGUUGAAGUGACAGCAGAAAGUGAACAUUCAUCAUGGAUUGAUUUUAAACCUGGUCGAAGGUUUGGUAAAUGGCGGAUAAAAAAUAAAUUAGAUGGAGGCGGUUUCGGACAGGUAUAUCGUGUGGAGCAUAUUCAGGAACAUGGUCGGUACGCUGCAUUGAAAGCUGAACCGAAUGAUAUUGAAGGAGGAUCAGCGAUCAAACUUGAAAUUAUGAUAAUAAACUUUCUAAAUCGUGAUGGUGAUAAACCGCAUGUGGUGAAAUUGUUUCAUGCUGCAAAACAUAAAAAGUUUUCAUACAUGAUUGUUACAUUACUUGGUGAAAAUCUUCGAACACUUAAAAUAAAUUGUUCGGAAGAAUAUUUAUCAGUGGGAACAUGGUCCCGUAUUGGUAUCCAAUGCCUGUACGGAAUCAAAUUAUUGCAUGAUAUCGGUUUUGUACAUCGUGAUAUCAAGCCAGCCAAUUUCGUGAUGGGACAUCAAGGUGACGCGGAACAUGCACGAUGUGUUCACAUCUUGGAUUUUGGAUUGGCACGCAAUUAUGCCUUUGAAAAGCGUAGAGGUCAUUGGAUAGCACGGCGAGCUCGUCGUUCGGCGGAAUUCCGUGGCACAAUGCGUUAUUGCUCACCCUCAGUUCAUGAAAAGAAAGAACAGGGACGUAAGGACGAUAUCUGGUCACUGAUUUAUUUGCUGAUUGAAAUGCAUUGUGGUUUACCGUGGCAACAUGAAAGAGAUAAAGAACAACUGGAAAUAAAAAAAAUGAACAUAACCGACAAAGAUUUGUUGUGUCAUUUCCCAGAAGAAUUACAUCCAAUAGUACCACAUUUACGAAAACUGAAUUGCUACAAUCGUCCCGAUUAUACUAUGAUUCAUAAAUGCUUUCUUAAAUUAAUCGAACGGUUUGACGUAAGCUAUGAUGAUCGAUAUGAUUGGGAAUCUGAUUUACAACUUCAAUAUGUGUUGAAGCAUCGAAAAAAAAGACCGGAGUAUGAGCAUGCUGAAGAAUUUUUUGCAUUUGAUCCUAUCAAAAUAAACGGACCACCGCCGGCCGGAUUAAAUAUGCGUCGAAAUAAAACGACAGAAACAGCGGAAGAUUUAGAGGAAAUGAUAGCCAACAAUUCAUCUCUGUUAAAAGCAAAAGUACAACACAGUCAACCAAAAAAGACAUUGAAUCGAUGA